AUGCGCGCCGUCUUUUGGCUCUCUGUCGCGCCGCUCUUCCUCGUGUUCUCCGGAUUCCCCCUCGAUGUCAACGAGGGCCUUCACUUUCCUCUUCAUGCCCGCGGGACUAACCUCGAUGGAUCUCUUCCGACCUACAAGAACGCGAGCGCGAGCAUCGAGGACCGCGUCGCUGACCUUUUGCCGCGCAUGACGCUCGACGAGAAGGUCGCGCAACUCAUUCAAGGCGAUAUCGAUGGCUGGAUGAAUACGGAUCCUACUAACGAUACUCUUGCAUACAACGAAACUGGCCUGAUCGAAGAGCUCACAACGCGCAACGGCGCAAUAUGGGGAGGAUACCUGAUGUCUUGGGAGAAGUGGGUGUAUGCGAUCACCAUCGGCCAGCGGUACCUCAUGGAAAAUACCACGCUCGGCAUCCCCGCCAUCGUCCAGAGCGAAGGCCUACAUGGCUUCACGAACAACGGGACCACCUGGCCCUCGCCAAUCGGGCUGGCCGCAUCGUUCAACGCGCCACUCCUGCGCGCCGCCGCGCACACGAUAGGCACCGAAGCCGAGGCGCUCGGCUUCUCGCAGCUGUUCGCGCCUGUGCUCGAUCUCAGCCGCGAGCUCCGCUGGGGCCGCGUCGAGGAGAAUUUUGGCGAAGACCCGUUCUUGACGGGUGAGAUGGGCCGCGCGUACGUGCGCGGCGUGCAGGAGGGCACGAGGCGGAAUGUGAGUGGGGAAGCGGUGGCGCGCAUGGCGGCGACCUGUAAGCAUUUUGCUGCAUAUGGCUCGCCUCAGGGUGGUUUAAACCUUGCGCAGGUUUCAGGAGGAGAACGUGAGAUGCGGACGUAUUAUCUGCGCCCAUUUCAUCGCGCAUGUGCGGGAUUCGACGGUGGGAGCAUCGCGCUGAGUCUGAUGAGCGCAUACGCGAGCUAUGAUGGCAUCCCCGAUGUCUCGAGUUACCACCUGCUCACGGAGAUCCUGCGCGACGAAUGGGACUACCCCUACUUCGUCACGACGGACGCAGGCUCGCCGGACUUGCUCAUUACAUGGCACAUGACAUGCACAACAAGGAAGUGCGCCGCGAAGCAGGUCCUGGAGAACGGAAUCCAGAUGGAGAUGGGAGGCGGGAGCUAUACGUAUGAGACCCUUCCCGAUCAGGUUGCGGCGGGCACUGUGGACGUCGAGUAUAUUGACGAGACGGUCGUGACGAUCUUGCGGACAAAAUUCGCACUGGGCCUCUUCGAAAACCCGUACCCGUACCCGGACUACACGUCGAUGUUGCGCACGCCUGAGACGCGCGCGCUGCUGCACCAGAUGGAAAAGGAGCAGAUCGUGCUGCUCGAGAACCAUCACAACACGCUGCCGCUCAGCAAGAACAUCUCCUCCGUCGCGCUCAUCGGGCCGCAGGUGAACCGCGUCUCGUUCGGCGACUACGUCUUUUACAACGCGACGCUGAAUGGGAUCUCGCCGCUCCAGGGUUUUGAGGAACUGCUCGCAAACACUUCUGUGAAGAUCAACUUUGCGCAGGGAUGCGAGCUUUGGUCGGAGGACGAGUCGCAGUUCCCCGAGGCGGUUGCGGCGGUGGAGGCGUCGGACGUGGCGGUCGUCAUGGUUGGCACGUGGUCGCUUGACCAGACGCUCCUGUGGGAGCCGGGCACGAACGCGACGACGGGAGAGCAUGUCGAUUUGAGCAGCCUCGCGCUCGUGGGUGCGCAGGGAAGGCUUGUGCAGGCUGUGAAGGCGGCGGGGAAGCCGACGGUCGUGGUGUUUGUGAGUGGGAAGCCGGUUGCGGAGCCAUGGAUUAAGGAUAAUGCCGACGCGGUCGUGCAGCAGUUUUAUCCCGGUGAGCUUGGUGGGCUCGCCAUUGCGGAAAUUAUCUUUGGUGAUGCGAACCCCUCGGGUAGGCUCCCGGUGUCUUUCCCGCGUUCGGUUGGCACGACGCCUGCGUUUUAUAAUUACCUAAAGGACGGGCGGCCGGUGGACCCUGGGUAUGUCACGCCGAAUGGGACGCUCAUGUUUGGGCACCAGUAUGUGUUGAAUACGCCCGUCCCGUUGUGGAGCUUCGGGCACGGUCUGAGCUAUACGACUUUCAAGUACUCAAAUCUGGAGCUGUCGUCGGAUGUGAUCAGCACGAUGGACAACUUCAAUGUUACGGUGACGGUGCAUAAUACUGGCACGGUGGACGGGAAGGAGGUCGUGCAGGUUUAUAUCACGGAUGAUUAUGCCUCGGUCGUCACUCCGAACCAGUUCCUCGCGGCGUUCGGGAAGGUGUUCAUCUCUGCGGGAGGCUCGGAGACGGUGACGAUGCAGGUCAACUCAUCGCAGUUGUCGUUGUGGUCCAUGAGGGGCGAGUCUGUCGUCGAGCCGGGGAAUUUUACUGUGAAGGUUGGGACGUCUGCGACGACGUAUCUGAAUGCGACUCUUGUGGCGGUGUGAUGCGAGUGUGUGCGUGCGGAGUUGAUGGUAACAAAAUAGGCGUGCUCUUGGAGGGUGUGUACGUUGGAUUGGGGACUUUGUAAGUGUAUCGCGUGGUGCGCUGUGCACUUUGGGAUGAUUAUGGGAUUUAUUGUAGAGAAUGCCUCAUGUAAAAUCAUACACAGACGAAUGUACAGGAACAAGCGCA